AUGGCAUCACGUCGCCCCCGCCUUGCCACCAACACCACAACGCCGGACACCACGGACGCCAGUAGCAUUAGAGCAAGCUCAGCAGAUGCUAAUGGCUCAGGGUUGUUGCAACCACAGGCAGAGCUGCACAUACGCCUCUACUAUAUAGCCUUGCAACGCGCCCUGAUCGCCCGGUUCAUGAUGGCAGAGUGGCAGGCACUGUCUACCGAAGAGGCUCUCAACACCCUUGUCGCAUCAGUUGUUUGGCAAAUCAUGCCAAGUAUACGCUUUCUCGCUAGUGAAGACGGCCCUCAUCACGGCUCUCAUCACCAGCUGGUGCUUUAUCCUCAGCGCCGCUUACUCCGCCUUCUGCAGGUGGCGCAGUGGCCAAGCUGGGUGGCUGGAUCUCGCCGACGAGCUGUGUCUUCUUUUCCGCACAGACUCGGCGCUGAUGUGGGAUCCCCUGCGGUGCCUAUUCUGCCGACGCGACACUUACGCCAAGACGAAGGCCUAAGCGAAGGCCAAGUCACCGAAGGCCAAGCUACGAAGGCCAAGCACCGAAGCCAAGUCACCGAAGGCCAAGUCACCGAAGGCCAAGUCACCGAAGGCCAAGCUACCGAAGGCAAGCUACGAAGGCCAAGUCACCGAAGGCCAAGUCACCGAAGGCCAAGUCACCGAAGGCCAAGUCACCGAAAGCCAAGUCACCGAAGGCCAAGGCAGCUACGAGUCAGAUCUACGGCCCCUGCGGCUACAUUGUGUUAUAAAUUCUCUUAUUUAUUUACUCUUUGUUCGGGUACGAUAUUCCUUCGGGUACGAUAUACGGCGCCUCGAAGGCCAAGGCACCGAAGGCCGCCAAGGCAUCGAAGGCCGCCAAGGCAUCGAAGGCCGCCAAGGCACCGAAGGCCGCCAAGGCACCGAAGGCCGCCAAGGCACCGAAGGCCGCCAAGGCACCGAAGGCCGCCAUCGAAGGCCGCCAAGGCAUCGAAGGCCGCCAAGGCACCGAAGGCCGCCAAGGCAUCGAAGGCCGCCAAGGCAUCGAAGGCCGCCAAGGCAUCGAAGGUCGCCAAGGCACAGAAGGCCAAGGAAGCUCCGGAGGAGGAGGCCGUCCUUCAGCCCGAGAUGAAGGCUUCGGAGGAGGAGGCCGUGCUCGAGCCCGAGGAGGUGGCGCUCCCCGUGCUGUUGCAGUGGCUGAAGAACGAGUACAACGUUGGGAUCAGAAUGUCACGAGGCGACGCAGCACCCGUCAGCGUGGGGGGUCUGCUCGUGAACGUCAAGUCAGCCGUGGAAUACAUCAAGGUCUUGAUCAAGGAGCAGAGCGCUAAGCUUACCCAAGUGCUCGACCAGGUGCCCAAAAAGGUGCCCUAUAAGGUGCCAAGGAAGACCAAGACUCCCCUCAAGGUCCUCCGGAGGAGGAAGCCGUUUUCGAGCACGAGAUGGAGGCUCCGGAGGAGGAGGUCGUCCUCGAAGGCACCCUUCAUGACCGCGAAUGAGCCCCUCAAGGCCGAAAAACAACCGAAAAAGGCCACCUUUAAAAUUGAGGAGGCCGUCCUCGAGCUCGAGAUGCAGGCUCCGGAGGAGAAGGCCAUCCUCGAGCCCGAGAUGCAGGCUCCGGAGGAGGCCAUCCUCGAGCCCGAGAUGGAGCCCGAGAUGAAGGCUCCGGAGGAGGAGGCCAUCCUCGAGCCCGAGAUGGAGGCUCCGGAGGAGAAGGCCAUCCUCGAGCCCGAGAUGGAGGCUCCAGAGAGGAGGCAGAUCGAGCCCGAGAUGGAGGGACUCCUCAGAGGAGAGACCCGAGGCCGUCCCGACGAAAAGAGGCUCCGGAAGGAGGAGGAGUCCUCAGAGAGCCGAGAUGGAACUCCGAGAGGAGGCCGUCCUCGAGCCGAGAUGGAGAUCGGAGGAGAGGCCGUCCCUCGGCCCGAGAUGGAGGCUCCGGAAGAAGGGCCCGUCCUCGAGCCCGAGAAAUGGAUGAGAGCGUCCUCGAGAGAUGGAAGGAGGAGGGCCGUCCUCGAGCCCGAGAUGGAGCGCUCCGCGAGAGAGGCCGUCCUCGAGCCCGAGAAUGGAGGCUCCGGAAGAGGAGGGACGUCCUCGCCGAGAUCCGUUUCGAGCCGAAAUGGAGGCUCCCGACCCAAUGAGGCUCCUCGAGGGAGAUCGGAGGGAGGACGAAGUCUGAAGACUCCGGAGGAGGAGGCCGUCCUCGAUCCGAGACUUCGGAAGGAGAAGCCCUGA